AUGCAGCCAUCCAAGUCGCUGCCGUUGUUGCCGACAGAACGCGCCGAAGAAGGGGCUGAACACACGCGCAGGUGUACGAAAGAAGGAGGCUCUUGUGCGAAGGCACAUGCAUCACUGGAUCAUGGGAGCAGGCGUUCUUCGUCGGUCAAAAAUACCCACAGAAGUCCGGAUGGUGGUCCCUCGAAAGCCCGCGUUGUGGAGGAUCCUGCCAUGUCACCCACCAGGAAAUCGUCGUCAUCCAAGACCGUGUUUCGGCGACUCACCACAAAGCUACGCCUCCCACUGUCCAGCGCACUCCCCAAGCCACCCCCACAUACAUCUAGCUACGCCGCCCAAGGCGGCAGAGAGGCUGCCUUGCGAGCGCGAGGUUUGCUACCGCCUCUUCAGCCUAAUCCGGACCUCAGUACUCAGGAACAGGAACAAGAUCUUCGCUACAGCGUCGUCGUUCCUUUGCAGGAUGUUGAUAGCGAUAUUGAUAUUACGGCGGCAAAGAAGAUCAAGCAGGAGUGGGAGGCUCGUAAUCAAGCCCUGAGUAACCCUGAGGAGGAGGCCAUGCUCGUUCGGACCCGACUGCAAUCCUUCAAAUUUGGUGGGAGUGCCGUGUCUCUUGGAGUGCCUGAGGAAGUCGUAAUUAGUGUCACCAACGAUGCCGAUCAUCUGUCAGAUCAACUUGCGCCACCGACUCCCCCUGAAGCCCCUGCUAUUGAAGUAUCGACAUGCAACGCCGAUGAUGGUCCUCCUACUACACCCACACCUCCGAAUACCCGAUCACGACUCGGUCGACCUCCCGCCCUCGACCUCAGUCAAGCGAGGAGGCGAUCACUAUCGAAGCCUCGCCCUAGCCCAACUGGCCCAUUGCCCCCUCUGCCAGCCGAUGCAGAGGUUGUCUACUCCCCAAGGUGCAUACCUCUCCCGGCAUCUCAGCCGACUACCCCAAACACACCGUCGUCCGCUAUCAACCGCUCUCUCCCACCCCCCGCAUCUUCACCCCCGGCUCAGCCGACUCUCUCGAAAGAUAAUGCCGCAACCCCGCUAUCGCCGCGAUCCUACCCAACUUCUCAGUCGCCCAAGCUGAAACCAGACGAAAUGCAUUCCAAUUUAGAGACGCACUCGCAAGGCGACACUACCUCCUCUAUUGAUUCGUCUAUGGCAUCCUCUCACCAACAUGCUUUCAAAGUCAAGGCAAUCGAACACGGCAUCCCCGCUAUCCUUGAGAGCCUUGUCGAGGAGAAGAUGAACUCGGCAAAAUUACAACCUGCGUUCGAGAUUGAGGAUCGUGUUGAGCAGCAGCAUGCCUCGCCCGCUGAUGUUCUCGUGAUUCCCCAACGGAGCAAAGAUACGCGUCGAAAGUCGUUUGGGCUCUUUCGACGGGAUAAUAGCGAUGCUGUCAGCGUGAAAUCCGCCGCAUCCUCACAAUCCAAGAAAAACGGCGUCUUCAACCUUCGGCGGUCUAUAUUUGGCCCACUUUCCCGAAAAUCCGUAGACAAGCAACGUCUGGGAAAUGCAUUUGAUGCGUCCCAUUUACCUCCAUCCCCAACGCUUCCUUUGUCAUUCACCGAUCAGGCCAAGAGUACAAAUGUGUCGACUCUCCCACACAGUCAGAGUUCACCCGCCUUAGCAAAAGCUCGGGCUCUUCCAUUGUCGAACAAAAGGGGCACGGCGAUGCCCUCACCCCCGCAGUCACCUCGUCAAGCCGUCAGUCCCAAGAUGCACAUAGCAGGGGUAGUAUACAGAUUGAAACCUCAUGGCAUCGAAGACGAAGAGAGUCGUCGGCUUUGCGAGUUGGCGUUUAUCAAUUAA